UGAAGAACAAGUACAGACUCUGGAGGGAGCUUUUGAUCUAGGAGAGGACUGACUGAACCGUCUCCCGCAGCCUUGCUUGUCCUCUCCAGCCGAGGUGGGUGUCUUGGAACAGGCCUAGGGGCUCAGCACCAUGGCCAUGCUGAGCGUCAAGCCCAGCCAACGCUUCCAGUUGCAGGACUGGCAUACCAACAGCUACCUGUUGUCCACCAACGCUGAGCGGCAGCGAGAUGCGUCACACCAGAUCCGCCAGGAGGCCCGGAUCCUCCGCAAUGAGACCAACAACCAGACCAUUUGGGAUGAACACGACAAUAGGACUCGACUGGAAGAGAGAGUUGAUACAGUCAACCGAUGGAAGGAGAUGCUGGACAAGUGUCUGACGGAUUUAGAUGCAGAGAUCGACGCCCUGACACAGAUGAAAGAGUCAGCAGAGAAAAACCUGCAGGCCAAGAACCUGCCCCUGGAUGUGGCAAUCCAGUGCCUGACCCUGCGGGACAGUCGGCGGGACGUUGAUGUGGUGAGGGACCCUGUGGAGGAAGAGCUGCACAAGGAGGUGGAGGUCAUUGAUGCCACCAAGAAGGCCUUGCAACAGAAGAUCAGCCAGACGUUUGAGAAGCUCUGCCUCCUGCAGGAAAUCCGACAGCAGCUCAACUCUGACCAUCGGGGCAAAAUGGAGACAUUGGACAUUGACAGAGGUUGCCUCUCUCUCAACCUCAAGUCCCCAAACAUCUCUCUGAAGAUUAAUCCCGCGCGUGUCCCCGAUGGCUCCUCAUCACUUCAAGAGUGGGAUGAAUUUAGUCGGUUCAACAAGAACCGGGCGGAGGCUGAGAUGAAAGAAGCCACAGACCUGAGGGAGGCCAUCGCCCUCACUAUUGCUGAGACCAACAAUGAACUGGAAGCCCAGAGGGUGGCAACGGAAUUUGCCUUCAGAAAGCGGCUGCGGGAGAUGGAGAAAAUAUACAGUGAGCUCAAGUGGCAAGAGAAGAAUACCUUGCAGGAGAUCGCUGACCUGCAGGAGGACAUCCGGCACCUGGAGGAAGAUCUGCACAGGAAGAUCCUGAACCUGAAGCUAUGCCAUACUCGGCUCGAGUCCAGAACCUACCGGCCCAAUGUGGAACUCUGCCGGGACCAGGCACAGUAUGGCCUCACCGACGAGGUUCACCAGUUAGAGGCAACCAUUGCUGCCCUGAGGCAGAAGUUGGCACAAGCACAGGAUGCUCUGGAUGCCCUGUACAAGCACCUGGCCCGGCUGCAGGCUGACAUCGCCUGCAAGGCCAACUCCAUGCUGUUGGACACCAAGUGCAUGGACACUCGCCGGAAGCUGACGGUGCCAGCCGAGAAGUUUGUGCCCGAGGUGGACACCUUCAACCGCACCACAAACCGUACCCUGAGUCCACUCAAAAGCUGCCAGCUGCAGCUAGCCUAGCCUUGGAGGCUGAGGAAGGAGGAGGGAGGGGGAGGUUAGGAGGGAAAUGGAAGAGAAAGGGGGUGGAGAGAAUGAAUCUAAUAAAUGUCGGGUUUCUCA